CACGUACUUCAAUGUGAGAAACAACCGCUGAGAGACUGACAUCAAGAACUGAACUGAUCUUUGACAAUAAAACGAUGUGCACUUUGAUUCUCCUCAUUUGUUCCAUUCCUGUUUCAGAUGCUUUAUGGGCAGAGGAACACGUAACGGGAAUUUUGGGAAGAGCAAUCACAAUAUCUUGUCAUUACGAAGCGCAGCAUAACCAGUCACACGUGAAAUAUUGGUGUCAAGGAUGGAGUCGUCUGUGUUCUGUUAGAGCAAAAACAAAUUGGCCAAAUGGGAGAAUAACGAUCACUGACGACAAAACACGAGGAAUGUUUCUUGUCACAAUCAAGAAUCUUCAAUGGGAAGAUGCAGGAUGGUACAGCUGUGGGAUCGAGACUCCUGGCCAUGACCCAAUGUUUAAUGUAAAGCUGCACAUUUCUGAUGAAGCUGUGUCUGUUCCUGGAUUUCAAUAUUUAUCCCAACCAAAUGUCUCACGUUCUGGGGGUUCAGUGACAGUCUCCUGUGAAUCUGCCUGUGGAUCCUUCCCCAUUCACUACACAUGGUCUGAGAAGACCCCAUCUCAAGAUUCAAUGAUCUCUGACACCAAUAAACUGGAUCUACAUUGUCAAUCCUUCUCACAGCAACAUCAUCAAUAUUACUGCACAGCCUCAAAUACUCAGGGAACAAAAUCCAGUGAAAUUGUUCAUGUGUCAGUCAACAAUGUAAGAGAGAAGAACUGCAGUUAUAGAAUAAAAAUGCCGAACAUUGGAAGGGAAUAUACUUGUGACAAAUCCUCAAUAAAAUCAUCAACAACAUUCACAACAAUAUCACCAACAACUUCACCAACAAUAUCACCAACAGCAACAGGAACAUCGGCAGGACCCAAGUCUGUCAGGAAAAGUUGCGUUGCCUGGGAUGUGAUACGCUGGGUACUCUUCACUCUCCUGGUGAUUUGUUCUGUUUCAGUCACAAUGUUUACACGAAAACAUUAGGUGAGCAUCAUGGCCUUUACACGAAUGAUUUUGAGCACUCUAAGUUCCCCAUCAAUGAGGUGGCCCUGAGUGGAGGGGUUUUGAAGCAGGUGACACAGUUUGAGAAGAAUGGGUUGACUGAGAUGAGCAGGAAUUUCUUCACUCAGAGGGUGAUGGUUUGUUGGAAUUCUCUGCCCCAGAGAGCUCUGGAGGCUCCAGCCUUGAGUAUAUGCAAAACAGUGAUCAAUAAUGUUCUGGGUAAUAAAGAUAUGGAGGGACAUGGGGGGGGGGUAUUGCAAGAAAACAUGGUAUUCAGAUGGAAAAUCUGCUCUGAUCCAGGUGAAUGCUGAAGGAGCCUCGAGGGGCUGAAUGGCCUACUCUGGUCCUGCCUCAUCUCUCUCCAUGAUGACCUCAUGCUGUUAAAUGCUGUCAUUGGACCAGCCUCCACCACUUCCUCUGGCAGCUCAUUUCAUACACACACCCACCCUCUAUGUG